UCUUCCCGGCGACGGCGGCGCUGAGGCGACGCGCGGCCGCGCCUGCUCCCCGAUCGCGCGGCUAGAGCUGCUCGCGGGGCCCGCUGCCGGAGGCCGGGUGCGGACUGGCCGCCCGCGCCCCUAGCGCGCGCCGCUCUCGCGUGGGGGCGCGCAGCAGCCUGGGAGGGCCGGGGCGCCGUGGGAGCGCCGGCCGCGCGCCGCUGCGGGACCUCGGGUGGGCGGGCUGAGGGGCGGAGGAGCCGCCGGCCCCGCCUCCCGCGUGCUGCAUCCCCGGCCAGCGCCGCCGCGGCCCCGCCGAGGCUUUAAACAGCGGGACCCGCCCCGCGCCCGCUGCACUCGCGCGCUAAGUAGGCUGCCGGCGCCGUUCGUGCCGGCCCGGGCGAGCGGCGGCGAGCGGGCGGCGGGGAGAGCGGCUCCCUCAUCUGGCGUUGCGGCUGCCGCCACCGCCGGCCGGGGGCGCGGAGGGCUUGCAGCCCGCAACGUCCGCUAGCCUCUCCGGGUCCGCCAGGGGUUCAGGCGGUGAUGGAGCCAGGGCCCACGGCGCCCUCCUCCGGCGUCCCGAGGCUGGCCGGGGUCGGUGAGGCGCCGCCAGCCGCCGUGCUGGCCGCCGCCGGGGUGGAUCUUCCCGGCACGGCCGUGCCCUCGGUGCCUGAGGAUGCUGCGGCCGCGAGCCGGGCCGGCGGCGGGGUCCGCGGUGAGGGCGCCGCGGCGGCCGGGGAUGGGCUGGGCAGACCCCUGGGGCCCACCCCGAGCCAGAGCCGCUUCCAGGUGGACCUGGUUUCCGAGAACGCCGGGCGUGCUGCUGCUGCUGCGGCGGCGGCGGCCAGUGCUGGGGCAGGGGGCAAAGAGACCCCCGCGGAGGGGAAAGCCAGCGGUGAAAGCGGGCCGGCUAAGGGCAGCGAGGAAGCCAAGGGCCGCUUCCGCGUGAACUUCGUAGACCCGGCUGCCUCCUCGUCGGCGGACGAGAGCUUGUCGGAUGCUGCGGGGGUUGGAGGCGAUGGGCCCAACGUGAGCUUUCAGAACGGCGGGGACACGGUGCUGAGCGAGGGCAGCAGCCUGCACUCGGGCGGCGGCGGCAGUGGGCACCACCAGCACUACUACUAUGACACUCACACCAACACCUACUACCUGCGCACCUUCGGCCACAACACCAUGGACGCCGUCCCCAGGAUCGACCACUACCGGCACACGGCCGCGCAGCUGGGCGAGAAGCUGCUCCGGCCCAGCCUGGCGGAGCUCCACGAUGAGCUGGAAAAGGAACCUUUUGAGGAUGGCUUUGCAAAUGGGGAAGAAAGUACUCCAACCAGAGAUGCUGUGGUCACUUAUACUGCGGAAAGCAAAGGAGUUGUGAAGUUUGGCUGGAUCAAGGGUGUACUAGUACGUUGUAUGUUAAACAUUUGGGGUGUGAUGCUCUUCAUUAGAUUGUCAUGGAUUGUGGGUCAAGCUGGAAUAGGUCUGUCGGUCCUUGUAAUAACAAUGGCCACUGUUGUGACAACUAUCACAGGAUUAUCUACUUCAGCAAUAGCCACUAAUGGAUUUGUACGAGGAGGAGGAGCAUAUUAUUUAAUAUCUAGAAGCCUAGGCCCAGAAUUUGGUGGUGCAAUUGGCCUGAUCUUUGCUUUUGCCAAUGCUGUCGCAGUUGCUAUGUAUGUGGUUGGAUUUGCAGAAACUGUGGUGGAGUUGCUUAAGGAACACUCCAUACUUAUGAUAGAUGAAAUCAAUGAUAUCCGAAUUAUUGGAGCCAUUACAGUUGUGAUCCUUUUAGGUAUCUCAGUAGCUGGAAUGGAGUGGGAAGCAAAAGCUCAGAUUGUUCUUUUGGUGAUUCUACUACUUGCUAUUGCUGAUUUCGUCAUAGGAACAUUUAUCCCAUUGGAGAACAAGAAGCCUAAAGGUUUCUUUGGUUAUAAAUCUGAAAUAUUUAAUGAGAACUUUGGACCAGAUUUUCGAGAGGAAGAGACUUUCUUUUCUGUAUUUGCCAUCUUCUUUCCUGCUGCAACUGGUAUUCUGGCGGGAGCAAAUAUCUCAGGUGAUCUUGCAGAUCCUCAGUCAGCCAUACCCAAAGGAACACUUUUAGCCAUUUUAAUUACUACGAUGGUUUACAUAGGAAUUGCCGUAUCUGUAGGUUCUUGUGUUGUUCGGGAUGCCACUGGGAACAUUAAUGACACUAUUGUAACAGAGCUUACAAACUGUACUUCUGCAGCCUGCAAAUUAAACUUUGACUUUUCAUCUUGUGAAAGCAAUCCUUGUUCCUAUGGCCUAAUGAACAACUUCCAGGUAAUGAGCAUGGUGUCAGGAUUUGCACCAUUAAUUUCUGCAGGUAUUUUUUCAGCCACUCUUUCUUCUGCAUUAGCAUCCCUUGUGAGUGCUCCCAAAAUAUUUCAGGCUCUAUGUAAAGACAACAUCUACCCAGCUUUCCAGAUGUUUGCUAAAGGUUAUGGGAAAAAUAAUGAACCUCUUCGUGGCUAUAUCUUAACAUUCUUAAUAGCACUUGGAUUCAUCUUAAUUGCUGAACUGAAUGUUAUUGCUCCAAUUAUCUCUAACUUCUUCCUUGCAUCAUAUGCUUUGAUCAACUUUUCAGUAUUCCAUGCAUCACUUGCAAAAUCUCCAGGAUGGCGUCCUGCAUUCAAGUACUACAACAUGUGGAUAUCACUUAUUGGAGCAAUUCUUUGUUGCAUAGUGAUGUUUGUCAUUAACUGGUGGGCUGCACUGCUAACAUAUGUGAUAGUCCUUGGGCUGUAUAUUUAUGUUACCUACAAAAAACCAGAUGUGAACUGGGGAUCCUCUACACAAGCCCUGACUUACUUGAAUGCCCUGCAGCAUUCGAUUCGUCUUUCUGGAGUGGAAGACCAUGUGAAAAACUUCAGGCCACAGUGUCUUGUUAUGACGGGUGCUCCAAACUCACGGCCAGCUUUACUUCAUCUUGUUCAUGAUUUCACAAAAAAUGUUGGUUUGAUGAUCUGUGGUCAUGUACAUAUGGGCCCUCGAAGACAAGCCAUGAAAGAAAUGUCUAUUGAUCAAACCAAAUAUCAGCGAUGGCUUAUUAAAAACAAAAUGAAGGCUUUUUAUGCUCCAGUACAUGCAGAUGACUUGAGAGAAGGUGCGCAGUAUUUGAUGCAGGCUGCUGGUCUUGGGCGUAUGAAACCAAACACACUUGUCCUUGGAUUUAAGAAAGAUUGGUUGCAAGCAGAUAUGAGGGAUGUGGAUUUGUAUAUAAACUUAUUUCACGAUGCCUUUGACAUACAAUAUGGAGUAGUGGUUAUCCGCCUACGGGAGGGUCUGGAUAUAUCUCAUCUUCAAGGACAAGAAGAAUUAUUGUCAUCACAAGAGAAAUCUCCUGGUGUCAAGGAUGUGGUACUGAGUGUGGAGUAUAGUAAAAAAUCGGAGUUAGAUACUUCCAUACCAUCUGGUGAAAAAACUGUUACACAUAAAGAUGAGGAAGAGGAUGGCAAGACUCCAACUCAACCACUGUUGAAAAAAGAAUCCAAAGGCCCUGCUAUGCCUUUAAAUGUAGCUGAUCAAAAGCUUCUUGAAGCUAGUACACAGUUUCAGAAAAAACAAGGAAAGAAUACUAUUGAUGUCUGGUGGCUUUUUGAUGAUGGAGGUUUGACCUUAUUGAUACCUUAUCUUCUGACUACCAAGAAAAAGUGGAAAGACUGUAAGAUCAGAGUAUUCAUUGGUGGAAAAAUAAACAGAAUAGACCAUGACCGGAGAGCGAUGGCUACUUUACUUAGCAAGUUCCGGAUAGACUUCUCCGAUAUCAUGGUCCUAGGAGAUAUUAAUACUAAACCAAAGAAAGAAAAUAUUAUAGCUUUUGAUGAAAUGAUUGAGCCGUACAGACUUCAUGAAGAUGAUAAAGAACAAGAUAUUGCAGAUAAAAUGAAAGAAGAUGAACCUUGGCGAAUAACAGAUAAUGAGCUUGAACUUUAUAAGACCAAGACAUACCGGCAGAUCAGGUUAAAUGAAUUAUUAAAGGAGCAUUCAAACACAGCUAAUAUCAUUGUCAUGAGUCUCCCAGUUGCACGAAAAGGUGCUGUGUCUAGUGCUCUCUACAUGGCUUGGUUGGAAGCUCUAUCUAAGGACCUACCACCAAUUCUUCUAGUCCGUGGGAAUCAUCAGAGUGUCCUCACCUUCUAUUCUUAAAUGUUCUACACAGUGGACAGCCCUCCAGACGGUACUUCAGUGCCUAGUGAAGUAACUGAAAUCUUCAAUGAUACGUUAACAUCACAAUGGCGAACUGUGACUUUUCUUUCACUAUUUCAUUAAUUUGAAAGCACACAGGGAAGUUGCUCCGUUGAUAUGUGUAUGGAGACUUCAGUUUUAGUCAAUUCUGAAUCUCAGUCUUAAUGGAUGAUGAUUCCUUAUUGGACUGAAGCUGUUGGGAGUAAUGUUUUCCUUUGCUACUUGAAUAGCAAUAAAAGUGUGUUAUUUUUUGAUUGAUGAAAGGAGUACAAAAAGCCUUUAGCCUUGAGGUGCCUUCUGAAAUUAACCAAAUUUCAUCCAUAUAUCCUCUUUUAUAAAUUUAUAGAAUGUCAAACUUUGCCUUCAGCUAUGAUUUUUAUUUCUAUUCCUAGUCUCUUACACCUUAAAAUAAAAUGGACACUGCUUUUCUUCUUCCAUUGACCAAUUAGUGUUGAGUACUGUAUGUUUUCUAUUACUUUUGUAAAGGUAUCUGUUAGAUAUUAAAGGUGAGAAUUAGGGCAAGUUAAUGAAAAAUGCAAAAAAAAAAAAAAUGGGAACCAAAAGGUGACCCCAAGGUUAGGUUUGUACGAAUAUGUGUAAAUGGAGAUCUAGGGGAACAAGGCCCAAUAAACCUUUUUUUUUAAAUUUCUAAUUGGCUCUAAUUUAUAUCUUGAUUAUUAUUUCUUCAAACCUUAAGGAAGGUUGAUGAUUUAUCCAGUGCUUCUAUAUACCAUGCUGAAAAAUCACAUAUUGCCAUUCUUUAGACAAACAUCCUCACGAUCAUUUGUAUUUAUUAGAAGAGAGAUUUGUCCUAAUUUAGGGUUUUCCUCAAAUCUGAGGGACUUUUAAGAAAUGCUAAAAAGAUUUUUCUGGAGGAAAAUUAGACAAAGCAAUGUCAUUUAAUAGAAUAUUUCAAUAAACACUAUGUGGAAUUUCACUAUACCAUCCUUUAUAAAUCAGUGAAAUAUUUAACAUUUCAUCAAAUGCUUAAAUGGACCACUGGUUUCUUAGUGAAAUGUUUUUAGGCUUAAUUCAUUCAAUUGUCAAGUACACUUAGUCUUAAUUAAUAUACUCAGGUUUGAACAGAUUGUUCUGAACAUUGAAAUUUAAUCCAUUCUUAAUACUUUAAAACUUUUAUGUUAAGAAAAACUGCCAGUUUGUGCUUUUCAAAUGUCUGUUUUGACAUCAUAGUCUACUAGAACAAUUUUGACAGUGCAUAUGUACUGUUACUAAAAGCUUUAUAUACAAUUAUUAAUGUGAAAUUUUUCAUUUUUUUAUCCAAGGAAGGAUUUCCUAAGCAUUUCAAGGGAUAUAUGUCUACAUAUCUGUGUGUGUGUGUAUAUGUAUAUGCAUACACAGAUGCAUAUGUGUAUGUAUAAUGAUGUUUAUGUUGCUGGUUUUUUGCAUUUUUAAAAUGAUCAAGAUUCAUCGGAUUAAAAUUUUUUUAUUUUAGUAAGCAUAAGUUCAAAAUUCGAUUGAAAGAUACAGGUUUCAUAGAGAACAAAGGUGAUCAUUUGAAGGGCAUGUAACUUCACACAGUUAUCAUUUAGUUAGAAAAUGGAGACCAUGUCAUCUAAAGUACUGUUCACUGGGCUCAUUGGUGUAAGUGUCAGGGGUGAAGAAUUUCUGCCGGUUUUCAUGAAUCUGGAUAGAAAUCUAGAAGAUUACUGCAGUUGUCAGUAGUGCAGUAUUUUUGCUGCGUGAGAAUGAGCUAAAUAUAAAAAUGGAGAUCUGAUAAUAAUUUUGAAUUCAGAAUGUUAAGAAAAUGAAGUAAUUGUUUUUCCAAAAUUUUUUCCCUACACAUUAUAACUCACAGCAUUGUUCCAUUUAUUGCAGGGUUUGUAGUGUUUGGGGGGAAAAUACAGUAAAAUGUCAUAUUAUUUAGUAAAUAAUAAUCAUAUUUGAACUUUUUAAAUGGAUAAUAGGGCGUGAACUGAGUGCUGCUAUCUUGAAACAUGCACAGGUACACUUGUUUGUUUUUUUUUUAAGUUUUCCCCAUUCAGGAAAACAUCAUUGUGAUCUGUACUGCAGGAACCAAAUGUCAUACAUCAUACAUAUGUGUAUAAAGUACAUAAAAUAUAUCUAAAUAUGCAUAAUUCGGGGGAGGGUAAUAUUGUCUGUGAAAUAAUGUAAGAAGCUUUUCACUUUAAAAAAAAAAUACAUUACUUUCACUUAACACUAGACACCAGUUCAAAAUUUUCAAGGUUGUUGUAGUGCUCUAAUAAGUUUCAGCAAUUCUUAGAGAUGCUAGCUAGUGUUGAUGCUCUUCUACUCUAUUUUAUUUAUGCUGAAUUUGAUUAUUUUAAUGCCAAAUUUUUUUUAAUUCUAAUCAUUGGUAAUAACUUGGAAAUAAAUAAUUAUGCAAUGGCAUUUGACAGUUCAUUAUUCCUAUAGGUAAAAAUUCAUUGGGUUUAGAGAGAAUGGUGGUGUUAAGCUGAUUAUUAAUGGUUAAUUAAAUCAGAUAUUUAUUUGUUACAUUAUUUCAUUUGUAUUUUAGGUUUCCUUUUACAUUCUUUUUAUAUGCUUUCUGACAUUACAUAUUUUUAAAGACUAUGGAAAUAAUUUAAAGAUUUGAGCUCUGGUGGAUGUUUACUAAGUUUGAAAAUGUAAUAUUUUGAUAAUACUGUAUUAUAACUGUCAUACAAAUGCUUUUCUAAUGUUUUAACGUUGAGUAUUGCAGUUGCUGCUUUGUAUAGAAGUUACUGCAAUAAAGGAAGUGGAUUCAUUACAACUA